CUCCAACUCCCGUGUUUCUGUGCGCGCUGAGCAUGGCUGCAAAUUUUGUAGCAGCGCAUUCAAAUUAGAGAGCUGGAGAGAGCUGUCUUUUGCCAUGGGGCUGAAAGGUGCUCAAAAGGCACUGUUUCCCCUACGCUCAGUCCCAGAUGUGGUGCGCCUUUUUGAGCUGGAGCUUCGCCGGGAACAACCAGACCUGGUGCUUCUCUCCUUAGUCUUGGGCUUUGUGGAGCACUUCCUGGCUGUCAACCGCGUCUUACCCACCAAUGUACCAGGCAUCAGUUUUGAGCCGGCCCAGGGCCCUGACAGCUUGACUUACUUCCCAGUGGCCGACCUGAGCAUUGUUGGUGCUCUGCACGCCCGUUUCACAGCCCAAAUCCGCGGGGCUGUCGAUCUCUCACUCUAUCCCCGUCCUGACGGUUACUCCUCCCGGGAGCUGGUUAAGAAAGUCUCGGACGUCAUCUGGAACAGCCUGAGCCGCUCCUAUUUCAAGGACCGGGCACACAUCCAGUCCCUGUUCAGCUUCAUUACAGGCACCAAACUAGACAGCUCAGGCGUGGCAUUUGCUGUCGUGGGGGCCUGCCAGGCACUGGGGCUGCUGGACGUGCACCUGGCGCUUUCCGAGGACCACGCCUGGGUAGUGUUUGGCAAGGACGGUGAGCAGACAGCAGAAGUGACGUGGCAUGGCAAGGGCAACGAGGACCGGCGUGGACAGACGGUCAACUCUGGCGUCGCAGAGCGGAGCUGGCUUUAUCUGAAGGGCUCCUACCUGCGCUGCACUCGCCAGAUGGAGGUGGCGUUCAUGGUGUGCGCCAUCAACCCCUCCAUAGAUCUGCACACUGACAGCCUGGAAUUGCUGCAGCUGCAACAGAAGUUGCUGUGGGUUCUCUUUGAUCUGGGCCAUCUGGAGAGGUACCCGAUGGCUCUGGGGAAUCUGGCUGACCUGGAGGAGCUAGAACCCACUCCUGGCCGACCCGACCCCCUCUUCCUCUACCACAAGGGGAUCAACUCUGCCAAGCAGUACUACAACAACGAACAUAUCUACCCAUACAUGUACCUUGCAGGCUACCACUGUCGUAACAAAAAUGUCAAGGAGGCGCUGGAGGCCUGGGCUGACUCCGCCACUGUGAUCCAAGAUUAUAACUACUGCCGGGAGGACGAAGAAAUCUACAAGGAAUUCUUUGACGUGGCCAACGAUGUCAUUCCUAACUUGCUGAAAGAGGUGGCCAGCCUUGCUGACUCGGCGGAGGAGAAGGGGAGUGGCGAGAGAGGAGAGGCUUCUCCAUCCCAGGCCGGCGGCUCAGCUGUACAGGACCCCGAGUGUUUUGCUCACCUCCUGCGUUUCUACGAUGGAAUCUGCAAAUGGGAAGAGGGCAGCCCCACGCCUGUCCUCCACGUGGGCUGGGCCACUUUCUUGGUGCAGUCCCUGAGUCGUUUUGAAGGGACGGUGCGACAGAAGGUGACCCUGGUGAGCCGAGAGGUAGAUGCCAAUGAUGACGACGAUCAAGGCAGCGAGGACCUGCGAGAGGGGCGACGCCGUGGUCCCCGCCGCGAGUCCAAGCCCGAGGAGCCGCCUCUGCCCAAGAAGGUGACUGAGCGCCGACGCCCCAGCUCGGGCCAACGUACAGACAGGCCCACUCUGGAGAAGGAGGAGGUGCCCAGUAGCGGCCCUAGCCCACCUCCCGAAGGGCCCAUCCUCACCUUCCAGAGCGAGAAGAUGAAGGGCAUGAAAGAGCUGCUGGUGGCCGCCAAGAUCAACUCAAGCGCUAUCAAGCUGCAGCUCACGGCUCAGUCCCAGGUGCAGCUGAAGAAACAGAAGGCCUCGGCCCCCCGCGACUACACCCUCUCCUUCCUGAAGCGGCCCCGGAAGUCCCUUUGAGCCAAACAGGAGGCUGUCCUGGGAGCCCGUGACUGUGUCCGUCCCCCAAGCGCUGCUGUGUUGCCUGCUGUGCCUGACGGGGAGUGUGGAAAGCAAUACGGGUCUCUCAUCCCUAACGAAGGGGUUGAAAUUCCUCCCGAGUACCCCAAGGACUCUCCUCUUCCCACAACAGGGUCCCUGAAAGGCAGCGGAAUUAGGUUAAUGCUCCGGGGGUGGAUCUCUAGAUGGGCAGGGGCUUGACGUGCCCCAUAUUAUCUGUUGUUGGAAGCUUUGCUACUGGGGUCCCACCCCCCCACUUGGCGAGAAAUGCUGAUGUGCGAGCAAAUCCUGU